AUGUAACCAUUGAGGCCUUCUUCGGCGAGUUCAACAUUACCAAAAGUGGAUCAAAAGAGCACAGCAAGGAAAAAAUCGGCUCACCAAUCCCUUUUUUAGCCAAUCACCAAACCAUCUGCUUCAUCAAUUGAAACUCCUGACUAACAAUUGAAGAAAACUCAAGUAUUGGAGUCAUUGGGAUUCUACGAAAAAUAACUCAUGGCUCUAAAGGGAACCAGUCAGCAAUAAAGUGAAGUGGAUACUCUGUUUAAACAACUAAACAAAUUUGCAAUGGCACAAAUUGAAAAGAAUGGAUUUCAUGAUACAUGUAUAUUGAUUCUCCAAUGGAUUAUUCAACAUAAAUCAUUUUAGGAAAUUCCCACAUCGAUUUGUUUGGCUUACAACAACAUGGGUUGUGUUUAUCGUAGAAUCGGACAAACCCAGUUAGCAUUCAAUGCUUUAGAGAAUGCUCUACAAUUAGUUCAGAUGUAUGACUAAAUUAAGAUGGAAACAAUAACAUAUUUGAAUAUUACAACUGUUUUAAGUUAAAUGAAUAUGCAUGAAAAGGCAUUGAAGGCUUCUCUCAAAGCGAUUCAAUCAGGCAAGAAGGAAUUUGAUCCAAAUCAAAUUGAAACUGUUCGGUGUUUGGCUUUGGCCAAUCUCAACUAUGGAUUCGAAUUGGAAGCCCUGGAUCGUUUGGAAGAAGCAGUAAAACAAUACAAAAGAUCAUUAUAAUUUGUGCUUGAACAUCUAGGUAACCACGAUCCUUUGUUUUAAAAAUUUCAUAGUCAUCAUCACUUGGCCAAGUAAAAAUUGAUAGUCCAAAUGAACUAGCAAUAGCCAGGUUUGUUUAAGACAGUCUUAUAAUUAAAGAAAAAUUACGAAGUUCCAACAGAUGAGAGUUUUUAGUAAACAACUCCCAUGUGUUAAACAAAAAAGUACUCAACGAUUAAGAGAAAUAAUUACAUGGAGGAUCUUAAUAAUAAAAGAGAUAGCAGUGCAACCAUUAAGAAAGGAAUGACAGAUGAAGAAGCAUUCUAAGAGGUCAAACCCUAAAAGGCUGUAGAGAAUAGAUCAGAACCAAAAUAAGUUGAAUUUAAAAUGCAAUAGGAGGAGAUUCAACCUAGGAAAGAAACUCAAGUUAGUAAUAAGAAGAUGAAUCAGAUUGAGUAGAUUCAAAUAGACGAAUGGUCUAACUCAGAGCCCUCAGAUACAGAAGUUAAGAAAUAGAGGCUGAAUGAGAGGUCUGCAGAUUUGAAGGUAUCAUCAGUCAAAGCCAAUACUAAGGAUCAAAGAUUGAAUUUUCUGAGUAAGCAAAAUACAUCCAAAUAAAAGGUGGAUGAGAAUUUAUUGGAAAAAGAAUAACAAAUCAUCAGGGAAAUAGAGGAAUAGAUAUAUAAUGCAAAUAGCAUAGCAAAAAUACAAGCUUAGUUUAGGAUGAAGAAGGAGAGGAAGAAGUUUUAUUGUCUCAAAAAGGCUAAGAAGGAUUAAGGAGAAUUGUUGCCUUCUGAUGAAUUGAAACUGAAAUAAUUCCAAAGAUUCAUCAAAAGGAAGCUGAGGGAGUUGAAAAUGAGAGAGAUUACUAAGAAAAUAGUAUAAAAAAACAAAUUAAAGAAAUUUCCCAAUACAGAAAAUUAGGCCUAUUAACGAAUCAUUUCCUUAUUGGAAACCUAUAAAGCUUAUAAAAGAAUGCUCUUACAUAAAUACGUAGUAAAGUCUAGACAAUUCUAAACCUUGAGGUAGAGCUAUUGUCAUCCCAACUAGAUGGUUCAUGAGAAGAUAGAACCAUUUAGAGAUGCUUACAUAUUUACAUUUGGAAUAACAAAUGAUGAUUCCUUUGUACGAUUUUCACUGGUCAAUGGAGUCAAAAACAAGAGAAAAGAAUAGUAAUAUUAUUUUGAGAUGGAUACGUAGAGUUUCUUGAAGUCUCUCGGAUUGUUGCAUUAAUAUAUCGAGGAUUUAGAGUGCUUUAUAAUUGAGGAGAAUUAAUUGUUGAGGAAUCUGAAGAACUUACAAACUGUGGCAUAACAAUUUAUCAUAAUGAAUGAGGUGGAUGGGAAGUACGUAGUGAGAUGCUUAACUGAAUUCAAAACCUAGUUCAGAUAGGCACUUUAGAGAACAGCAGUGAUAUUGCAGGAACUUAUUUUGGUUGAUAGCAAUAAGCUUUACAUUUAGGGGAUUAACAAUUUUGAAUAUAACGAUGUGGUUCCAUAUGAAGAGGAAAUCAGAGAGAUUAGGCCACCUCUUUACACUAAGAAAUUGAGUGAAAAAGAAUUAGCCUCAAUAAAAUUCAUCUAAUCAUUUAUGAAAGGUUAUUUACAGAGGAUUAGAGUAUAAAAAUGGGUGAAUUAGAAGUAGAAGCAGAUAUAUUCAACAAACUUGAUAAAGACAGUGACUGGACAUUAUUUAAAGAUUGUUAAGGCAUAGAAUAUCGUGAGCAAGAAACAUUAUUUAUACAUAAUAAAUCAGGAAACCUAGAAGAAGUCAAAUGAUUUGGAAAUCAAAUAGAUAGUGUUUUAAAAUAUGGGAGAUGUUACAAGAGAAAAUAUGUUUGAGAUAUUGAAAAUAGAUAUGGAUGGACCGAGUAUAGAGUAUAGUGACGAAGCCAAUUAUUGGGUAUAAAAAUAGGAGGACUAUUAAAAAAGAGGAGGGAAGGAAACAUACUCGAAGAUAAGCAAAGCCGAUUCGAUUGUAUUAAUUCAAAGAGCAGUUUUACAUUACUUGUUAAGAAGACGAUGUACCAUAAAGAAGAUCAAUAAAGCUAAGUUCAAUACUAGUGAUUAGAAAGACAUAGAGCGAGAAAUUUUGGUGAGAAGGGCAAUCAUUUAUGGAUCAGAUAUGAAUUAAAGGGCAUGCUUAACGACAUUAUAUUUAGAAAUAGAAAGGACUGAUCCGAAUACAUCUCUGAUGGGUCAAAGUGAAUAUUAAAGUGUAUUGAUUACUUCGAAGAACCUAGAACAUGUGUAUGCAUUUGAUAAAUGUGUUCCAUUUUAUCAGAAAUUGUUUUAUCCAUUAUCUCGAACUGAAAUCAUAACAGUAGCAUAAAGAAUGGUUGAGGUGUCAAGAAUAGUGAAAAAUAAGAAGGGGGAGCCUAAAGUUGAAUGCAAGAGUGUCGAUCAAGUUCAUGGAGAGAUUCUGUCAAAACAAGGAGAGGAGGAUGAUAUUAAUCAAAAGAAGGAGAACACACUCGAUGCAAGAUUGAAGAUUGGAUCUACAUUGAGAGAUAAAUACUUAUAGUAAUUUGUAUCAUGUUUGGAGGAAGAUCCAGAAAUGAAAUUGAAUCAUCAAGCUGAAGAUAACAAAUAGAAAAACUUUGUUUCUACUCUCCAGAAUGUCUUUAGAGAUUUCAAAGUUCGAUUAGCUCAAAGAGUCAAAACAACUAAGCAUGUUGAUGAAGAAGACGAGGCAUCAAUCAAAGCAUAUGUCUAAAAUGUGUUACCUACUACAGAAUAUGGCACCAAUCCAAAUCUAUUUAAUGAUAUCAAUUAAGAUUAACUGUCUGAUGUUAAAUCCUAGCAUUCACUAAAGGAUGAUCUAGAUUUCGUGUCAGAUUUGAGUGUCACUUUCCUAGAUGGCUUAUUUAAAUUGCAGAUCUUCUAUUAAUUGACUUAGUAGUUGUUUGUCAUUCACGCAUAGAAUGUCUAUACAACCAAAACCUACAAGACUUCAAUCUUGAAAUCAGAUCUCAUCAGCAAUUAUGAUCUCCCUUACAGUUAUAUCAAAGAAAACCCUUAGAAUAUCAUUUUGCCUCUUAUUGACUUUUAAGAUGAUAAGAUUGUAUUUUCAAAAGAUGAAAUCAAAUUGCAGAAGAUUAUGGAUGACUAUUUGGCUUUUGAAUUUAAUGAUGCUAAAUCUUCGAAGAAAGGAGUCUCUGUUGAUCGUGAAUAAGAGGAACUCCCAAAUGAUCAAAUUACUGAUAAAGUGGUGAUUGCCAUCUAUCAAAAGGGAUCAAGCACUUUAUUCUUUGAAUUUCAUAGAGAGUACAUGAUUGUUAGGAUAAUUAUUCAUUUCAAUAAUACUAAUGAGAAAAGAGUGAUUGAGAUUGACACACAUCAAUUCUAAUCCAAAUAUGUGGAUGAAAGAUUGAAAGAUCUCAACAAUAAACAAGUGAUCAGAUUCUUCAAGGAAUUCAGUAGAACAAUCUCAAAGGUUAUAACAAUCAAUGAAAAGGAUCAUACUCAUAAUUUUGAAGAUCUAAGAGGGGAUUUGUCUUUGUUCUUGAGAGAAAAGUUUGUUUAAAAGAUCCAAGGGAUGUUGAUGGUAAAAAGAAUGGUGGAGAAAUUCAAAUUGUAUAAAUAAUUAAAACGUUCCAAAUUGCACAUCCAUAAAUUCAUUGUGAACAAUGGUUAACAUUAUAUUGAGAUAUCCUAUUUCCUCAUCAAGUAGUCUGGCAACCUCCAAUUAAGUAUGAGGGAAUUGACCUUUGUGACUCCUUAGGGUCAUCUAGUGGAGAGGAGCAAGACUCUCAAAAGUAAAAGGAGAUUGAGAGAAAAGCAGUUUUUGAUUAACUUAGAGAAACUAUCCUAAUAAAGCGAUCAAUUAAUAAACUCAUAAACCAAAAGACAAGAUUAAUUGGACCUUUAGAGAAUCGAUUUCUCAGUUCUCUCUAAUUAUGAUUAGAUGAAGACUAUCCAAUAUUAUCGAUCAUUGAUGACUCCAUUGAUCUCUCUAAUUUAGAAGAAUCUGGUUGUCAAUUUCAAUAAGUUCCAAUUUUCAUUGACUCUACCUAUAAUAAUGAUAGAAAGUCAUAUUAUGAAAAAGAAGAAGAAGAACUACUCUCAUGAAACCAAAUUCUAAAUGAUGACUUACGCAGCCAUCGCAGCCUAAUCUACUUUCAGAAAGAAACUCUUAAAGAAGUGGUUGCAAACUAAAUUAGCCAGAAAGAGAUAGAUUGAGGAGAAAAAUAAGCAUUUGGGUGAGUUUAUAAAGAGAUCCUUCAAAGUAAUUAGAGGGGAUGAUAAAUCUGAUUAUUAUAUUAUCAAUGUAUACAAGUAGCCAGGGAAGAUACCAAGUCAAACCAUCUAUACUUUUGAAUUGAUUCCAGUAAACAAAAAUUCAAAAGACAAAGAUUCAAGGAGAGCAAAAAUGAGAGCCUCUUAUUCUCAUGAUAAUUUCUAAUUGAUUGAUUUAGGCUCAUAAUCUUUGGCAAGUCACUUUAUCAAUAAGAUCUAUAUUGAGAAUGGAAUAAUAAAAUUUGAUGAGUAUUAAUUCUAGAAGGCUCAAGAUGAUGGGAUAUCAACUACUUUUGAGGAUAAUCAGUAAAAUGAACAAUAAAACAUCAAUGUUGAUGAAAAAAUGAUUGAAAAGGAUGCCUAGGAAGUAUUGAUUGAUUAAGAGAAGACAGGGAAUACUCUCAUUAAUAUUGUGUACACUAACUCUAAGUAAUUGUUAGAUAAGAAAUCAUAUGAUGACUCUUAAAACAAUGUGACCAAAUUGUAAGUUGAUUUACAGAGCAUCAAGAAGUUGUAUCCCAAUUUCAAUGUGAAGGACCCAAAUACUGUUAAGAUUCUAAGUUAGAAUCUGAGAAAAGGAGUGAGAAUGGACUAAUUUGCAGGAGGUCUUAUGAUUGAUAAAAGCAGGAUUCAAUCAUCCUUGAUUAAUCCACUUAGUGUUGGAGUGGGUAGAGUGGAAUCCCAGAUCCAGGUCUAAUCUUAAAUGUAGAAUCAGUCCAAUUUCAAUAAGAGUAUGAGAUUAUCUUAGAGACCGUAUGCCACAAAUAUACUUGCCAAAGAGACUAUGAAUUACACAGGGAAGAAAUAUUUGAUCGUGAUAAGUUAGGUGAAGAACAAGAUUUAGAAGAUUUUAAAUUAAGAUCGAGAUUCAGUGUUUGAGGAUCACGAAAGAAUAUUAGAGAUCAAGGCUCAAAACUUGAAGGAGAGAUCGGAACCAUUCGCUUGGUAUUUAACACCUGAUGAUGCUGAGAUCUUGACUCAUGAAAAGAGUCCUGAGAAUAUGGCGAAGGUUCUGACCAAGAAUUUGCAAAUAAUAAACUCCAAAUUCAUCUAUCUAUGUUUUAAUUAAUAAGAUCAGCAGAGGGUUAAAUUGAAGCCUGAUGACAAUGUGAUUUUGUUUGUGGAGAGUACGAUUCGACCUAUGCAGACCAAGUUUAGAAAUAGGAGAAUCUUUUCUAAUUACAAAGAAUACAGGAAGACUUUGACUAGAUCCAGGGCUGAGGGAACUCUGAUAUUGCAUUUGGCCAACAAUUUGAAUACCACAAAGAGAAUGUUCGUGAUAUUGUUCAUAGAGGAGAAGGAGUCAUCGAUUUAGAUGAAGACUUGGGAUGCCACUGAGUAGAUGUAUUUUUGUGAAACGGAAUUGCAAUUGAAGAAGUACCAAUCGAUUUAUUUUUCAGACAAAUAGAAAUGUUUGAAGGCUCUGAUGAACUUUUUAGAAUUCAGAAGUGAGUAGAAUAAGAUUUAGUUUUUGCAUCCAAAGCCAGAGCAAGUUUAGGAUUAUUUUGAGAAGGAAAAGAAAUUAUCAAUUCAUUCAUCGUCUAAGAUUGGUUCACCAACGAAGUCAGUGGAUUAAAAUAAUGAACAACAACCAUAGAAGUUCUUUUAGUAGGAUCAUACCCCCAUGUAAUCACCUAUGAUGGUCAUUGAAGAUUAUCAGGACGAUGAGAUUGAGGAAAUAGCGGAAGGUGUUAUUUAAUAAUGAUAAAAUAAUCUAUAUAUUUAUUAUAAUAUUAAUAAUAUCCGUUUUAA